AUAAAUAAAAAGAAAAGGCCAAAAGAAGAAGAAAAAUGAAAGCAAAAAAGGAGAAAACACCACUACUAUAUCACACUUCUCUCACAUAAUUAUCCUCUUUUUCUUUUCCUUUUCCUUUUCCUUUUUUCUUCUUCUUUGAUGAGACUCUACCAUUUUGACUUGCUUCAUUCUUCACAGAUCAGUUGCAGUCAUAACUAAAUUUUUAGCCUUGUUCAUUUAAAAAGAGGAAGAAGAGAGGAAACAGUAUAUAUGGUUUUUGCUGCUGAAGAGAGCAAGGAUAGUCUGUCGUGCCGUGUUAGCUGUUGUGAUCCUUUUGUAAUUGUAGCUUUGAAGUCCACCAUGUAAUGAAGAUUAUACCCAGGGCUUUUUGAUCUAUCUACUUAUUUUAAACUUCACCAGAAUCAGCUUUUUUUACGAAGAAUAUGUCUGUGUUACCAAAAAUUGAUUCUAUCCAAAUUAGAGAGGUAUGGAGCGAUAAUCUUGAGAAGGAAUUUGCUUUGAUCCGUCAAAUUGUGGAUGACUAUCCUUACAUUGCCAUGGACACCGAGUUUCCAGGGGUGGUGCUUCGUCCUGUUGGCAAUUUCAAGCAUAUUAAUGAGUAUAACUAUCAGACCUUGAAGGACAAUGUUGAUAUGUUGAACUUGAUUCAGUUAGGUCUCACAUUUUCCGAUGAAAAUGGCAAUCUACCUACUUGUGAGAGUGAGUACUACUACAUUUGGCAAUUCAACUUUCGUGAGUUUGAUACAAAAGCAAAUAUUUUUGCAAAUGAUUCAAUCGAAUUGCUGAUUCAGUCUGGAAUUGAUUUCAAGAAGAACAAUGAAAUGGGUAUUGAUGCAAAACAGUUUGGUGAGCUCUUAAUGUCUUCUGGAAUCGUUUUGAAUGACAUGGUUCAUUGGGUGACAUUUCACAGUGGGUAUGAUUUUGGGUAUUUGCUCAAAUUAUUAACUUGUAGGACCUUACCGGAAACACAAGCAGGGUUCUUUGAUUUGCUAAACAUGUACUUUCCGCUGGUUUAUGACAUCAAACACCUGAUGAAGUUCUGUAAUAGCCUUCAUGGUGGCUUGAACAAGUUGGCGGAACUACUGGAAAUUGAAAGGGUCGGUAUUUGUCAUCAAGCAGGUUCAGAUAGCUUACUUACCUCGUGUGCGUUCAAGAAGUUAAAAGAUAACUUCUUUAAUGGGUCUACCGAGAAGUAUGCAGGUGUCCUGUAUGGUCUUGGUGUUGAGUAUGGAUCUGAUAAUAAGUAGAUUGACUUUGUGUACUUACUUGAAAAUAAAAUAGAAGGAAAGGGUUCAGUGUAUGUCAAGUGGGGUAGGUAAUGUAUCAUGUUGUCUGUAAGAAAUUAAUUGUGAUAAAAGUAUUUGUAAGACAGUUUGGACUUUCACUGAGGGUACUCAGUUUCUAAUCCAUUGUUUAAUCAGCUAUGAGCUUUUUACAGCAAGACAAA